AUGCUGAGGUGCGAAGAGAAAAGAGUGGCUGAUGUGGAAUUUUCUGACCAAAUAUUCUGCCACGAUGCAGUUAAAUGGAGCGAGGAUAAUAGAGUUUCGCUGUGCACGGAGAGAGGCAUAAUAAUAAUGGAAAUGAAACAUUCACCUCUGCAGCUGGAUAAGAAUUUUCACUACAAUUUCUCACUGAUUCCAAUCCCAGAAAAAUCCAACAAUGUUACAAAACUUCCUAUCAAAGUGUUUGUAUCCUGGAAAGAAUCAAGAAGUAUCUUUUCAGAAGAUGAAAAGCAGGAAUUAUUCCUUAACCACCCAUUGCAUCCCUACCAGAAGGGCCAAGUUAACCAUGGUUAUGUGAGAGCUAAGUGGUCACCUGAAGGGGCAGAUACCCUGGGGAGAUGUGCACUAGCAGCAGUAACGGGGGACCACAGAUUAGGUAUAUAUGUUACAGGGAAUGAUAGAAAGAGGUGGAAAGAGGUAGUUGAUCUGCACACCAUUUUGUUUGAAAGAUUUAAAGACAAGAUAUCAAAGAAUAUGACCUUUAAUGAAUUCAAAGAAGUCAGCUACAACAUGUUUGCUGUUGAUAUUGCAUGGUCACCUAUAUGUAAUUUUGAUGAUGUGAAGUAUUACAUAUUAGCAGUUGCUAUGAAAAGUGGGGUGAUACACCUGAUAAAGAUAAUACCCCCUCUGCUCUCAAAAGAUGAUGUCAUCAUUGUUAGUGAAACACUGCCAUUAUCAUCCAUUCCAUCUAGUUUGUGUUGGAGUAUAGGAACCACUGAAGAAAAUGGAUGUCUGGUUAUUGGAUACCAGUCUGGUGAAGUGAUUAGUCUAUCCAUUGAUAAAAGAAAGCUCACCACAGACUCAAAGACCAUUGUACAUGGGGAUCAGGACCUCAUCAGGGUGGACUGUAUUGCCUGGAAACUGUUAUCACAGAAAUGUGUACUCCUUAUAGUAUCUAAAGAUAUCCAUGUUUUGUCUUUCCUGAUUAAUAUCAAAACAUCAGAAGUGGUAGAGAGAAAUUCUUAUCUGGGUCAGCAUGAUUUUACUGUCACUGGAUUAUUUUCCAUAGACAGUUUUUUUGUGAUUUCAUCACAAGAUGGACAUUUACAGAUUAUUCAACCAUCUUUGACUGAAGAUGGAAAGACUGAACUUAAAUUUUCUGCACUUACUACAGACUUUGUCAACAUAAGGAAAAUAUUUGGAAUAAGUAGUUCGCCAAAUGGAAUGUUUGCCAUCUUACCUACAUGGCCACUGAAAAAAUUUGAUCUGAAACACAUGAAAAGACAACCAAUGCAUGUAUUCACUUUGUCUGUAAAAUCAGAAGAGGAGCAGAGAAAAACUGCAGAACGACUGUUACUAGAUGAGACUGUACCAAUGAAGUGCAUCCCUGAUGUCCUGGAGUAUUUCCGACAAAGUCUCUGGUCUGGAAUCAAUAUUAUUCCCUCCUUAACCAGCUUUGUGUCCCAGUCACAUAAGUGGAUCUCUAUGCAUGUCAAACUUCUACGUGUGUUAAGGUACUUCAUAAUGACAAUACAGCUGCAUAUCCCAGAAACAACCGAUGAAGGAAUUCACAAGGCUGCCCUAGCUAAAGGAACUGUAUCACAGCUGUCCAAAAUCAUUCUGAUAAAGCAUGUGGAAAAGGUGUUUGAUGCAGUCCUUCGAUCACAACAGAGGCAGUUCACACAAACAGAGAUAAAGAUUUUGAGUGCAUUGCUAAAGUGGCAGAAUGACCAAGAAGGAAAGGUUCCCAUUGUGAACUCUGAACAAAUAAGUCACUUGAUAGAGAUCAAAGAUCACCAGGAUUGUUUUAUCUGUCAGUCAUCUCUGAAUGAAGAAGAAUUGACCUGGGUUUGCCAAAAUGGCCAUGCAUUUGGUAACAAUUUAUAG